AUGAAGGGUCUCAUCACAGCCUCUUCGGCAGCCUUGUCCUUGGCAGGUGGCGCCAUUGCCAGUCCUGUCACUCCUCGUUCAGACAUUCUUUUCUUCAAACCCCUACAGGUCAAAUCCGACUCGGUACACAACGUUCAUGUUAAUUUUGGCGAUGACGACUUUGAAGGCGAAGUCCGCUUGGUCUACGGCGAGUGCGGGAUGAAAAGCCACGGAGAGAGACAUCACGAUGUCGCCUCACACUACAUCAAACGAUCAACUCGUCCUGAACGUUUUGUUUGGAUUGUACCGGAAGAUGCCGCCCAUGGAGGAUGUCUUCACGCCUAUUCGGGAUCCACACUCAUUGGACGUUCAGCCCCAAUUCACGUCACCAGAGAUAGGGAGGAUAUCUCUGAGGUGGCUGAUGCUAUGGGUCCUUGGUUCGAUGGCGUAGCCUAUCUGAAGAGCAAGCAAAACAAUGCUUCCUAUGUCGCCGUCGAGAAGAGCAAGCGAAUUGCUAUAGUCGGAGGAGGCAUGUCCGGGUUGAUGACCAGUCAUCUGCUUGAUUCAGUUGGCAUCCAUGACUGGCACAUUAUCGAAUCUUCCCAGCGGAUCGGAGGCCGUAUACGAACAAAGUACCUCGGCGGAAGCACUCCCGAUCAGUACCAAUACCAAGAGAUGGGUCCUAUGCGCUUCCCAGUAUCGACCCGUUACCCAGAAACAAACGAGACUCUGGAUAUUCAGGACCACAAGAUGGUUUUCCAGCUCGGAGCGACUUUGACCGAGAUGAACGGCGGUCCCAGCAGCGAUCUUGCCGUAAACUUCAUUCCUUGGAUCCAAUCGAGCCCGAACGUGCCGGCCAACUCGAAUGGUUACCGUCUUCCCAACGGACGCAUUCCCAGCGCUGCACAGAUUAAGAGUAACCAGACCGCAUACACAUUGCCAAAAGCCCCAGGCCCAGACGAGGAGGCUGUUGAGCAUGCCACUGAAGAGCUGGACGAAUUCGUGGGAACAACACCAGAGGUUGUGCGUGAGAUGCACAACAAUGUCUUCCUAGCCCACAAACACGCCGUAGAGAAGGGCCUGUUCCACUGGUCUGAGGCUGCGUAUGUCCGAUAUGCGCUGAACCAGAGUGCUGAUGUAACUGACUACGUUACCGGCAACGAUGACACUCCAAUCUGGGAGUACGAUACUGCUUACUUUGGCGCCACAACAUGGCGAACCAUCGAUAAGGGUCUCGAGUCACUUCCUCGCGCUUUUUACCCCCAUGUCCAGGACCGGCUGACUCUUGACCGCAAGGUCACUGGCUUGAAGUAUGACGAGAAUACUGACAAGAUUUCCGUUCAGUGGCGCAAGGACCCCUUUGCGAUGAAGCCAGAGAGUGAGGAAUAUGAUUACGCCGUCGUGGCCGUUCCUUUCUCUAAGGUCCGGAUCUGGGACCUUCCCCAAUACUCAUCGCUCUUGUCUCGUGCUAUCAACGAGAUGAACUACCAGCAGUCGUGCAAGGUCUCUCUACGCUACAAGACACGCUUCUGGGAGAAGCUUUCGCCUCCCAUCAUCGGUGGAUGUGGUUCGGUCGAUAUUUCGGGCAUUGGCAGCGUCUGCUACCCUUCGUACCAGAUCAACUCGACUGGUCCUGGUGUGAUUUUGGGCUCGUACGUCUCUGGCACUCUUGCCCGCUCUGUAGCCGCACUUAGUGAGGAGGACCACGUCGCUAUGGUGCAACGCGCGAUGGUUGAGAUUCACGGUGACGUAGCCGACGAACAGUUCACUGGCGCAUACGAGCGUCAAUGCUGGGAACUUGACGAGCACCAGGCUGGUGCCUGGGCUUCGCCUACUAUUGGCCAACAAGACCUUUUCCUGCCCGCCUAUUACAAGACCGAGUUCAAGUCCAUUUUCGUUGGUGAGCACACGAGCUACACACACGCUUGGAUCUUCUCAGCUCUCGACUCUGCUGUGCGCGGCACUUCUCAGCUUCUCUUGGAUAUGGGCCUGGUGGAUGAGGCAAAGCAAAUCGUCGAUACUUGGAUGGGACGAUGGAUCUCCAUCUAA